AUAUUUAUACAUAUAUAUUGUUAUAUAUUAUAUAUUAUAUAGUAUGCUAUAUAUAUACAUAUUUAUUGGUAGUUGAUGGCAUUUUGUGCCUCCUACAUAUAUACUUGUUAGUUGAGUGCAUUUUUGCCUCCUAACCUUUCUUUUCUUUUAGUAGUUGAGUGCAUUUUGUGCCUCCUACGUACUUGAUAGUUGAGUGCAUUUUUGCCUCCUAUUAUAUCUCCUCUAGUGAUGGCAUUAAUGCCUCCUAGCUUUUAUUUUUGUUUAUCAUUUUAGUUGAUGACAUCUUGUGCCUCCUAAAAUCUUAUUAUUAUUACUACUACUACUACUACUAUUAUUAUUAUAGUUAGUUGAUGGCAUUUUGUGCCUCCUAACUUUAAUAUAACUAUCUAUCAUUAUUAUUGUCAUUUUUUAUUGUAUUUAUUUAGUUGUAAUCUUAUUUACUUUGCUUAAGAAAAUACUUGAAAAAAAAUUAAAAACAAAGCUUGUUCUUUCAACAUAAGCAAUUUUUGCUUAAAGGAAAUUUGGCAAAGUUCCCAUCCACACUUAAUAAUUAACCCCGGGGAGUUGUUAUUAAGUCGUGAGUAAGUGGAAUCAAAUAGGCCUGGGAACAAGUCAAACUAAAAAAAAUUGAAAAAUUAAAAAUUUACAAAAAAAAUCAUAAUCUCUUUGUGUUAUAAGUAUGCUCUGUGGUUGCGGUUUAUAACUGAUCUUCCACAUCAGAAAUUUGUCUUCUUGAGAUUAUUGUGUGUUAUUUGUGUUUCUUUGUGAAAUUUGUGACAUUGCAUGCAUCAUUGGCAACGUGAUUCUAAAAAUCGUUUGGUAAAAAGAGUAGUAACUUUAGGUGAAAUUGAAAGUGUUUUUGAAAAAUUAAGCAUAAUGGAACAAGAACCUAAUAUUGCCCAAGAAAAAACACUACUUGAAUAUUUUUCACCUAUUUCAUCUAAUGCUCCAUCAUGCAUUGUUUUGCCUACUACUAAUGCCACUCAUUUUGAACUUAAACCUUCAAUCAUUCAAUUGUUGCCUUCUUUUUAUGGUUUAGAAAGAGAAGACCCUUACAUGCAUGUAAAAGAUUUCUUAGAUAUUUGCUCAACUUUUCGUUUUCAAAAUUUUUCGGAUGAAUCGGUUAAGCUUAGGUUGUUUCCUUUCUCUUUAAAAGAUAAAGCCAAAGCUUGGUUAAACUCACUUCCAACCGGAACCAUAACCACUUGGGAACAACUUUUUAAUAAAUUUCUUGCCAAAUUUUUCCCCAUGUCCAAAACUGAUAAUUUAAGAAGAGAAAUCUCUGAAUUUUAUCAAAAAGAUAAUGAAGAAUUUUAUGAAUGUUGGGAAAGAUUUAAAGAUUUAUUAUUAAAAUGCCCCCACCAUGGUUUUGAAAAAUGGAGACUUGUAAAAUAUUUUUAUGAUGGUUUAACCCCUUCAAACCGACAAAUGAUUCAAUCUAUGCAUACCGGAAAAUUUUUGAAAUUACAAGGGCAAGAGGCUUGGGAAGCUCUUGAAGAAUUAUCUGUUAAUUCACAACAAUGGAAUUAUUCUGAGCCUAGGUCUAGAGCAAAUAAUUCACCCAAAAGAGGAGGAAAAUAUGAAAUUAAAGAAGAAACUGAUUUGAGAACAUCUUUUGAAAAAUUAGCAAGAAAAGUAGAAGCCUUAGUCAUAAGUCAAAAUAUGAAUUCUCAUGUUCAACCUAAAAAAGAUGUUUUUGCUAGUACUUGUCAUAAUGAUCAAUCAUGUCCUUCUUUUCUUGAAACAUUUUCUGAAGAGGCUAAUGCAUUACAUUCAUAUGGUAAACCAAAUGAUAGCCCAUUUUCAAACACAUACAAUCCUAAUUGGAGAAACCAUCCCAAUUUUUCAUGGAGACAAAACCAACCACAAAUGAACCAAGGAAACCAAUUCAACAUGCCAAAUCCGAAUCAUACCCAACCAAGUCAACCUUACCCUCCACAAAGAAAGCCUUCCUUAGAAGACACUUUACAACAAUUCAUGCAAUCCACCCAACAAAUCAUGCAAAAUCAAUCUCAAUCCAUUGCCAAACUUGAGACACAAUUGGGUCAACUUGCCAAUGCCGUAACUGAGAGAGAAAAAGGGAGAUUUCCUAGCCAACCCGUCCCAAAUCCUAAAAGCCAAUAUGAAGUAGGAGUCCCAAGUCAUAAAGAAGAAGCCAAGUCUAUUUCAACACUUAGGUCCGGAAAACAAAUUGCCAAACCCGAUUACACACCUCAAGUUGAAAAAGACCAAAGCCAACCUCAAAGUUCCAACACAAAUGACUUGUCAAAAGAUAAUGAUCAAAUUCUUCCUUCCAUUCCAAAAGCUCCUUUUCCACAAAGAUUACUUCCACUCAAAAAAGGCAAUCAAUAUAGUGACAUCUUAGAAGUGUUCAAACAAGUAAGUAUCAACAUCCCAUUCUUAGAUGCCAUUAAACAAAUUCCUGCCUACUCCAAAUUCUUGAAAGACCUUUGCACUGUUAAAAGAAACACUAAUGUUCCAAAAAAGGCAUUUUUAACUGAACAAGUUAGCUCCAUAAUUCAAUAUAAAAGCCUUGUGAAAUAUAAAGAUCCUGGUUGUCCAACAAUUUCAUGCAUCAUUGGUGAUCAUUUUAUUAACAAAGCUUUACUUGAUUUAGGAGCUAGUGUGAAUUUAUUGCCUUAUUCUGUUUAUAAGCAACUUGGUCUAGGAGAAUUAAAACCAACUUCUAUAACACUUCAAUUAGCUGAUCGUUCUGUGAAAAUUCCUAGAGGUAUUAUAGAAGAUGUUUUAAUUAAAGUGGAUAAGUUCUAUUUUCCUGUUGAUUUCAUUGUUCUUGACACUCAACCUGUUGAAAAUGCUCAUGCUCAAAUACCCAUCAUUUUAGGUAGACCAUUUUUAGCUACAUCUAAUGCAAUUAUCAACUGUCGUAAUGGUGUAUUGAAAUUAUCUUUUGGAAACAUGACUGUUGAAUUGAAUGUUUUUAAUGUUGCUAAAUCUGUUGAGUGUGAGGAAAUACAUGAAGUAAACAUGAUUAACACGGAAAAUAUGUUUGAAAUGGACAUGAAUGAAUCUUUUGAAACUUAUGCAAAAAUGUUUGGAAUGUGUUUAAAUGUUGAUGAUUUUAUUCAUGAUGUCAAUUCUUUGCUUGAAUCUACCCCACUAAUGGAUACUGAAAAAUGGAAAGCCAAAAUUGAACCAUGUAUUCCAUUAGAGCAUGUUGAGUCAACUCCUGAACCACCAAAGUUAGAUCUCAAACCUUUGCCCGACACUUUGAAAUAUGCAUUUCUAGGAGAGUCUAACACUUAUCCCGUUAUCAUUGCAUCUGAUUUAGAUGAAAAACAAGAAACAAAGUUGUUAGAUAUCCUUAGAAAACAUAAAAAGGCCAUAGGUUGGACCAUGGGAGACAUUAAGGGAAUUAGCCCAGCUGUGUGCAUGCAUAGAAUUCAUUUAGAAGAAAAUGCUAAGCCCUCCCGAGAAAGUCAAAGAAGAUUAAAUCCAAACAUGAAAGAGGUAGUAAGAGAUGAUGUAAUUAAGAUGUUAGAUGUAGGGAUCAUUUACCCUAUUUCUGACAGUCCAUGGGUUAGUCCUGUUCAAGUUGUUCCAAAAAAGUCUGGGAUCACUGUUGUUAGAAAUGAACAAAAUGAGUUAAUCCCUACUAGAGUCCAAACUGGGUGGAGAGUGUGUAUAGACUAUAGAAAGUUGAAUAGUGUCACUAGGAAAGAUCACUUCCCAUUACCCUUCAUUGACCAAAUGCUUGAACGAUUAGCUGGCCAUGCUUAUUAUUGCUUUCUUGAUGGGUAUUCGGGAUAUAACCAAAUCCCCAUUGCCCCCGAAGAUCAAGAAAAGACUACCUUUACUUGCCCUUUUGGAACCUUUGCAUAUCGUCGCAUGCCUUUUGGUCUUUGUAAUGCUCCUGCAACAUUUCAAAGAUGUAUGAUUGCAAUAUUUUCUGAUAUGGUUGAAAGAAAUCUUGAAGUGUUUAUGGAUGAUUUUUCUGUGUUUGGAAAUUCUUUUGAUGAUUGUUUGCACCAUCUUUCUCUUGUUUUAAUUCGUUGCAAAGAAAUGAAUUUAGUUCUUAAUUGGGAAAAAUGUCAUUUUAUGGUUAAAAAGGGAAUUGUCUUAGGUCAUGUGAUUUCAUCUCAAGGAAUAGAAGUUGAUAAAGCAAAAGUAGAUCUUAUUUCAAAACUUCCUCCACCUAAGACAGUAAAAGAAAUUAGAUCAUUCUUAGGCCAUGCCGGUUUUUAUAGAAGAUUCAUAAAAGACUUUAGCAAAAUUUCACGCCCAUUAUGUCAUCUACUUGGAAAAGAAAAUGCUUUUGUCUUUGAUAAUGAUUGCCAUGUUGCCUUUGAAAAAUUGAAAUCCCUUUUAACUAGUGCACCUAUUAUUCGCCCUCCCGAUUGGAAUGUUCCUUUUGAAAUAAUGUGUGAUGCUUCUGAUUAUGCAAUUGGUGCUGUUUUAGGACAAAGAAUUAACAAGUUACCUCAUGUAAUAUACUAUGCUAGCAAAACUUUAAAUGAAGCUCAAUUGAAUUACACUACAACUGAAAAAGAAUUGCUUGCUGUUGUGUUUGCAUUAGAGAAGUUUAGGUCUUAUUUGUUAGGAUCUAAAAUAAUUGUCUAUUCUGAUCAUGCUGCAUUGAAAUAUCUCUUGUCGAAAAAAGAUGCUAAAUCUCGUUUAAUUCGUUGGAUCUUGCUUUUACAAGAAUUUGAUUUAGAGAUACGUGAUAAAAAAGGUUCUGAAAAUGUUGUAGCUGAUCAUUUGUCUAGAAUUGUUGUUGAAACUAAUCAUGAUUCCACCACUAUCAUUGAAACUUUUCCUGAUGAACAACUCAUGCAUGUAUCUUCUUUUCCUUGGUAUGCUGAUAUUGUCAAUUAUUUGGUCACUGGUGAAAUUCCUUCUCAUUGGUCUAAACAAGAUAAAUCUAAAUUUUAUGCUGAAGUGAAAAAUUUCAUGUGGGAUGAUCCUUAUUUGUUUAAAUAUUGCCCCGAUCAAAUAAUAAGAAGAUGCAUUCCAAAUUGUGAAUCUUGUGAGCGUUGCCAAAAAUUAGGAAGUGUAACUAGGAGAAACAUGAUGCCUUUGAAUCCUAUUCUUAUUGUUGAAAUAUUUGAUGUUUGGGGCAUUGAUUUUAUGGGUCCAUUUCCUAAUUCUUUUGGUAAUUUAUACAUUCUUGUUGGUGUUGAUUAUGUGUCUAAAUGGGUAGAAGCUAUUGCAUGUCACACUAAUGACCAUAAAGUUGUGCUUAAGUUUUUGAAAGAAAAUAUUUUCUCACGAUUUGGUUCACCACGUUCCAUCAUUAGUGAUAAUGGUACACACUUUUGUAAUAGGCCUUUUGAACAUUUAAUGAAACAAUAUGGCAUUACACAUAAAGUCACUACACCUUAUCACCCACAAACUAGUGGCCAAGUUGAAAUAUCAAAUAGGGAGAUUAAGCACAUCUUAGAGAAAACUGUCAACCCCACUAGGAAAGAUUGGUCCCUAAGACUCAUUGAUGCAUUAUGGGCAUAUCGUACUGCAUACAAAACGCCCAUUGGAAUGUCUCCCUAUAGACUUGUUUAUGGGAAGGCAUGCCACUUACCCGUUGAGUUAGAACAUAAAGCCUAUUGGGCUAUUAAGCAACUAAACUUUUCCUUAGACAAAGCGGGUGAGAAAAGAAAGCUUCAAUUGAAUGAGUUAGAAGAGCUUAGGCAUGAUGCAUAUGACUAUUCGAAAAAGUAUAAGGACCGAAUGAAAUUUUACCAUGACAAAAACAUUUUGAGAAAGAUUUUUCUCCCGAUUGAUCUCCGAUCGGGUUAUCAUCAGUUAAGAAUCCGAGAGGAGAACAUUCCGAAGACGGCUUUUCGUACUAGGUAUGGACAUUACGAAUUCUUGGUUAUGUCGUUUGGACUAACCAAUGCUCCUGCAGCAUUUAUGGAUUUGAUGAAUAGGGUAUUCAAGGAUUUCCUCGAUAUCUGUGUUAUCGUGUUUAUCGACGACAUCCUUGUGUACUCUCAGUCAGAAGAGGAGCAUGAGUUUUAUCUUCAGAUGGUUUUGCAGCGGCUUCGGGAACACAAGCUUUACGCCAAAUUCAAGAAAUGUGAAUUUUGGCUAUCUCAAGUGUCCAUCUUAGGGCACAUUGUUAGCAAAGAUGGGAUCAAGGUGGAUCUCGGGAAAAUAGAAUCCGUUAGGCAUUGGCCGAGACCGAAGACAGUGACAGAAAUUAGAAGCUUCUUGGGUUUAGCCGGGUAUUAUCGUAGAUUCGUGGAAGGGUUUUCUAAGAUUUCAACACCCUUAACCGAACUUACAAAGAAGAAUCAGCGGUUUGUCUGGUCAGAUAAGUGCGAAGCUUGUUUUCAGGAGCUGAAACAGAGAUUGAUUACCGCUCCAGCUGUUCAGACUAGAUGGAGCCAGGCGAAACACCAGGAGCCAGGGCAACUCAGUAGGGUCAAAUCAGGGUCAGGGAGCUUAGUUUCCCCCGCAUGCUAG